AUCCCUCUGCAGCCCCACUGGUGCAGUCACAGAGACUAGGGCGCAUCUGGCCUGAGGCUUCUGAGAGCAGAGGCGGAGACUAGAAGCUGUGGCUCAGGACCUGAGCCAGCUGGGAGUUGGAAGGUUGAGCAGACUAGGCUGAGUUAGGGCAAAGUGCUCUGCCAUGGGCGUGGGGCUGGCUGUGAUCUGCACCCUGUUCCUGACUGCCUCUCAGGUCAGCAGUGAUGCUGUGCCCUGGGGACCCCCAGGUAGCCCUGACCAAGGUAUUGGCAGCUUCUGGGAACCACAAGGAGAACCAGCCUCUGGCAGUGGCUGGGGACCCCAGGAGGUCCAGAGCACUGGCAGUGGCCGGGACUCCUUGGGCAAGACAGAUGGUGAUAGUGACUGGGGACUCCAGGAAGGCCCUGACCACGUCAGCGGUCAGGGACCCUCGGGCAGCCCCACUGACACCAAGGGCUCAGAGCCCAUACACCCACUCUUCUUCUCCCUGGAUUACCAGCACGUGCAGCUGCCCUUCGAGAUCACACUGUGGAUCAUGCUGGCCUCAUUGGCUAAAAUUGGGUUUCACCUUUACGGCAAACUGCCCUCAGUUGUUCCAGAAAGCUGCUUGUUAAUUUUUGUGGGGCUCGUCAUGGGAGGCAUCAUUUAUGGCUUAAAUGAUAAAUCCCCACCUGUCAUGGACAGCGACAUAUUCUUUCUCUACUUGCUCCCCCCUAUUGUCCUUGACGCGGGCUACUUUAUGCCCAGCCGGCCCUUUUUUGAGAACAUUGGCACCAUCCUUCUGUACGCUGUUGUGGGCACUCUGUGGAAUGUGCUUGGGAUCGGCCUUUCCCUCUAUGGUAUCUGCCAGGUGGAAUACUUCAGCCUGCGUGAUGUGUCCUUGCUCCAUAACCUCUGGUUUGGGACCCUGAUUGCCGCUGUGGAUCCCGUGGCUGUGCUGUCCGUGUUUGCAGAGAUGCAUGUGAAUGAGAAGCUUCACAUUUUGGUUUUUGGAGAGUCUCUCCUCAAUGAUGCUGUGAUUGUUGUGCUAUAUAAAUUAUUUCAGUCUUUCAGUGAAAUGCCAUCUAUCACGACACUGGACAUUUUGGCUGGGAUGGGAAAGUUCUUUGUGGUUGGAAUUGGAGGAGUCUUCAUUGGUCUCCUGUUUGGAAUGGUCGCUGCCUUUACCACUCGCUUUACCAAGGCCACCCGUGUCAUCGAGCCCCUCUUUGUCUUCUUGUAUAGCUACCUUUCCUACCUCAGCGCAGAAAUGUUUCACCUGUCUGGGAUUGUGGCCAUCAUUGCCUGUGCCAUGAGUAUGAAGCGCUAUGUAGAGGCCAACAUUUCCCAGAAGUCUCAUACCACCAUCAAGUACUUUAUGAAGAUGUGGAGCAGUGUGAGUGAUACGCUUAUUUUCAUCUUCCUGGGGGUUUCAACCAUUGGCGAGAACCACGAGUGGAAUUGGCCAUACAUUUGUUUCACCAUCAUUUUCUGCCUCGUGUGGCGAGCAUUAGGUGUCCUCGUGCUGACUUUCUUUGUGAAUAAAUGUCACGUGAACACUGUCACCAGAAAGGAUCAGUUCAUUAUCGCCUAUGGUGGAUUGAGGGGGGCCAUCUGUUUCUCCCUCGUUUUUCUCCUCCCUGACUUUCCCCGGAAGAAGCUCUUCAUUGCAGCGACCACGGUGGUGAUCCUCUUCACAGUUUUUGUACAGGGAAUGACCAUCCGACCUCUUGUUGACUUGUUAGACGUGACCAGAGGAAGAGAAACUUCUCCAACUGUGGGUGAACAGAUUCAUAUUCGAUUCUUGGAUCACUUGCUGGCUGGGAUUGAAGAUAUAUCUGGACACUGGGGACAGUAUUACUGGAAAGACAACAGAUUGGAGUAUUUCAAUAGCCAAUAUCUGCAGAAGAUUUUGCUGCGGGAUUAUGACCAGCCCAAGUCUAGCAUCGUGCUCCUGUAUGAAAAGCUAGAGAGAAAACACGCCAUUGAACUGGUGGAAACUGGCCAACUGGUCCAUCCUUCAGCCAGUGUACCUCAGUGCCACAGUCAUGAACCAGCCACAACAGCCACAGCUCCAACUGUUCUGGAUCAAGAUCUCGUGGAUAAUAUACAGCACAUAUUGGCUACCAACCUAUAUAAAAUCAGGAGAGGGACUCCUGCGUAUAACAGGCACACACUUCCAGGAGAAACAGGGGCAGCUGAAGAGGUCAAAGAAAUUCUCAUCCGUAGACACAAGAGCCUGCACCAUAACCUUUCCAGAAGUGACUGGGAGCAAGCUGUCACAGAGAAAGCUGCGGGAUUCUUAGCUCAUCAGAGUUACCAAAUGAAGUCAAAGCGGUGCCAGUCUCUUACUGUAGGGGAUCCUAGAGCAGUUCCUGAGGUGAAAUGCAGCCGAUCCAAGUCAGCUUGUCACAUCACUCCUCUCAAGCUCAGCGGCAUGAAAUGGGUUGAUGAAGAAGAAACAGACCAAGAAGAGCAAAGAUUAUAAGAAUCAAGAUUUGGGAUCGCCUUUGGUGCCACGAACCUGUCACUUACACCCAAUUAUGCAGCAUAUAGUCUUUUUUUUUUGUAGGAAUAAGGACAGGAUUUGUAAUUUCACCAAGCAUAUGGAAACUUCUUUCACUGAUGCAGGGUGACAACUUCUCUGUAACUUAGAAAGUUAUAUUAAAAAUAAAAUAAGAAAUUGAAGCUAACAAGAAGACAUUCACAUAGAUGUAGUUGGCUACAUCUGUAGGAAAAUGACAUCAUGAGCCUUCCCUGCAGUUGCCAGUCCCGAAAAGCCCCUAUCUCUGCUACUCAGCUUCACUUGGACCUUUAUUGGAAUCCAGUAUUCCAUUUCAAAAUUUCAAAAAUAUUUAAUCUGACAGAAAGAGCUCAGAAAAGACUUGAGGAAAUUUGAAAAUUUGAAAAAUAAAAACUACAGAGAAAAGGUCAGUGAGAUUCCUUGAAGGCAAGAGAACUGAAGUGUGUUCUGAACUUACGGUAAAGAAAAGGAUAUUCUCAAUAUUCUAUGACAAUCAGGGGAAUGCAUGCCAUUUAAAACAAAACUUCUUAAACUGUGGGUUGUGACCCCUCUAUGAGGUUGCAUAACUGAAUGUGGACGUUGCAAAAUUAGGAUAUUAUCAGUAAAUAUUUGUAUACCUACAUACCCAGGGUCGCAUUUUCUCAGGUGAAAAUGUAGGAAAAGUCACAGUGUUGUUGAAGAAAUACUAUGGUGUUGGAGUCCGGAAAGACCUGGGUCCAUCUUGUCUUUGAUAUUUCUUGGCUUUGAAUUCAUGUUGUUUCCUUACCAACCACUCUUCCUUUAAUGAGGGUAACCUCCCUUCCAUGGCUGCUGUAAUGUCAGAAUCACAAAAACAAUUAGGAUAUUAUAAUGGCCCAGCAUUGCUAAGCACAGACUAGGAUCUGCUGGCCUGGAUACUUUCCAGGUUAUGUUAGAAACACACUGUUGGAGGUUGCCUUGGGCUUGAGAAGUAAGCCUGAAAUACCAUGGCCAGGAUGGUUCAGAAGACUGAGGGCUGAGAACACAGCUGGAGCAUCUUAUUUUAAGUCCUCUCUCUCUGGCACUCACCAGUUUGUGGCCUUGGGCAAGGUACCUUACCUCUUCUGAGAAAUGAGGGGACUGGAUGAGGUGACAUUGGAAGUCUCUUCCAUCUGUGGAAUGACCUCUAAAUGAUCUCUCCAUCUCCAUCCUUCCAUGAGGUGCUUUGUCUUCCUCUACCUUUAGCUUCACUGUAUGUAUAGCUAUACAUGGUCCCCAUCUGGGGGAAACUUUAGCCAAAGCAUGUUUGAUUCAAACAUCUUCAUUGUAUAAUGUCAUCAUCAAAACCCGGCUUCUCUUUCGCCCACUGCAUUAUUCCUCCUUUUAAUCAUCACCUGUGAUCAUCUGAAUCAAGUUCCCUAAAGAAGACUCAUCCAAGAGGAGUCCCCUUUGUCUUCUCCUAUGGCGUCAGCGAGGCGCCAAAUCUGUUACUGUAGGGGACAUGGUGUGAUAGAAUGGAGAAAGGGCCUGGCCUCUAAGUUCAAACUAUUCCUUCUCCCCUUGUUAACUAUUUGGUUUUGCUUCUCUAAACCUCAGUUUUUCCAUGUGUACAAUGUGGAGUUUGGGCUGAGGUCCCUUCCAACUCUAAUUCCGAGUCAACCGAACUAUGGGCCUGACUUCUCAGUUUGAGUCUUGGCAGGAUUGACAGGGAUGGCAAGGACUGGCUGCAAAUGGAUUUUUUUCUUUUCCAAAUCAUGAAUUUCCAGAGUGGGAAAGGAAGAAGAGAAGUUUGUGUUGCUCAUCACCGACCUCUGUCGCCAAUCUAGGACACAACUCAUUUUACAAAUGAGGAAACUGAGGCCCUGGAUGAUUGUUCUUGGAAGUGGUAGAGUUGGGGUUUAAACUAGGUCUUGCUACUACAGCCUAAUUUUCCUUUUCACUGUCCUCGUCAGAAUUGUAAGAGUGUGAGUACUCUCUCUUCUGGCCUGUAUGCUUUGCCUUGAUUUCCUCUGGUCUCUUUUAUCCAGCCAGGGAUGGAUAUUAACAGUUUUUAGAUGGUUUUCUUUUUUUCUAUUUUUUUUUUUACAAUGAGCAGAAUUACAUAGUGAAUAGAGUGCUAGAUUU